AUGCUGUUCGUAUGGAUCCGUAUUAAGCCAGACAAGCUCAGGAAAGUUGACCUCCUGGCAGAAGGCCAGUUGCAAAUUACACAAGAAAUGUUGCCAGAAGUAGUAUCCAUUAGAUUGGAUGAUGAUGACAAAACUGAGAUUAUCGGAAAGUAUUUGGAUGAAAGCGAAGAUGGUUUACAUAAAGUCCAGAUCGAUAAAAUCAUUGCCGGAAUGGAGUUAAUAUUUCAGCAAGAAGACGUUGAAGUAUAUAACUUUGCACAAGGUCAAGUCAUC